AACAGGUUUCACCCCACAAGAUUCUGUAUUUUGUCUUACCAGCAGGUUUAGUUUGCGAAAGAGAAGGUGGGAAGGUAGCCAAACAAGUAGAUGGUGGAGACCAAAGCAGGCUUUGUCCAGAAAGGGAGGAGCAAUGUUGCCCAGACUCAGCAGUUCUGUUUCUUUCCAGUUCUAAAGCGGAUGAUUUAUCCACUGCAAUCCUAAAGCAGAAGAACAGGCCCAAUCGGUUAAUUGUUGACGAAGCCAUCAAUGAGGACAACAGUGUUGUGUCACUGUCCCAGGCAAAAAUGGAUGAAUUGCAGCUGUUCAGAGGAGACACAGUUCUGCUAAAAGGCAAGAAGAGGAGAGAAGCCGUCUGCAUUGUCCUGUCCGAUGAUACCUGCUCAGAUGAGAAGAUUCGCAUGAAUAGGGUUGUUCGGAACAACCUGAGAGUGCGCCUUGGUGAUGUGAUCAGCAUCCAGCCCUGCCCAGAUGUGAAGUAUGGCAAACGCAUCCAUGUGUUACCGAUUGAUGACACCGUGGAAGGGAUCACAGGGAAUCUGUUUGAGGUCUACCUCAAGCCCUACUUCCUGGAAGCGUACAGACCAAUCAGGAAAGGGGACAUCUUCCUCGUGCGCGGAGGGAUGCGUGCUGUGGAGUUCAAAGUGGUGGAGACAGACCCGAGCCCUUACUGCAUAGUGGCUCCAGAUACGGUCAUCCAUUGUGAAGGGGAGCCCAUCAAGCGAGAGGACGAGGAAGAGUCGCUGAAUGAAGUGGGCUAUGAUGACAUUGGAGGCUGGGGGAAGCAGCUGGCCCAGAUCAAGGAGAUGGUGGAGCUUCCGCUCAGACACCCUGCGCUGUUCAAAGCCAUCGGUGUGAAGCCUCCCCGUGGGAUCCUCCUGUACGGCCCCCCUGGCACCGGUAAGACCCUGAUUGCCCGUGCAGUGGCCAACGAAACUGGAGCUUUCUUCUUCCUCAUCAAUGGCCCUGAGAUCAUGAGCAAGCUGGCGGGGGAGUCUGAGAGCAAUCUGAGGAAAGCUUUUGAGGAAGCUGAAAAAAAUGCCCCUGCCAUCAUCUUCAUUGACGAGCUGGAUGCCAUUGCUCCCAAGAGAGAGAAGACGCAUGGCGAGGUGGAACGGCGCAUAGUGUCUCAGCUGCUGACUCUUAUGGAUGGCCUGAAGCAGAGAGCACAUGUGAUUGUUAUGGCAGCUACCAACAGACCUAACAGCAUUGACCCCGCGCUCAGGCGAUUCGGUCGCUUUGACAGAGAGGUGGAUAUCGGUAUCCCUGAUGCCACCGGCCGCCUCGAGAUUCUGCAGAUCCACACAAAGAACAUGAAACUGGCAGACGAUGUUGAUCUGGAGCAGGUGGCCAACGAGACCCACGGCCAUGUUGGUGCUGACUUGGCUGCUCUCUGCUCCGAAGCUGCCCUGCAGGCCAUCCGGAAGAAGAUGGAUCUCAUAGACUUGGAGGAUGAAACCAUUGAUGCUGAAGUGAUGAAUUCCCUGGCCGUGACCAUGGAUGACUUCAGGUGGGCUCUGAGCCAGAGCAACCCCUCAGCUCUGCGGGAGACGGUGGUGGAGGUGCCCCAGGUCACCUGGGAGGACAUUGGUGGUCUGGAAGAUGUCAAGCGAGAGCUCCAGGAGCUCGUGCAGUACCCUGUGGAGCACCCCGACAAAUUCCUCAAAUUCGGCAUGACUCCCUCCAAAGGGGUCCUGUUCUAUGGGCCACCCGGCUGUGGUAAGACGCUGCUGGCUAAAGCCAUCGCCAACGAGUGCCAGGCCAACUUCAUCUCCAUCAAGGGGCCUGAGCUGCUCACCAUGUGGUUUGGGGAGUCCGAGGCCAACGUGCGCGAGAUCUUCGACAAGGCCCGCCAGGCCGCGCCCUGUGUGCUCUUCUUCGAUGAGCUGGACUCCAUUGCCAAGGCUCGAGGGGGGAACAUCGGAGACGGCGGCGGCGCCGCGGACCGCGUCAUUAACCAGAUCCUGACCGAGAUGGACGGCAUGUCCACCAAGAAGAACGUCUUCAUCAUCGGUGCUACCAACCGGCCAGACAUCAUCGACCCGGCCAUCCUGCGGCCUGGCCGCCUGGACCAGCUCAUCUACAUCCCCCCGCGGGCGGGUGGAAAAGAACGAGGUUCUGUCUUGCUGACACACAGGGGAGGGAAAUCGAGCGAGAGCAUUGCCAGAGAUGUGGACCUGGACUUCCUGGCUAAGAUGACCAAUGGCUUCUCGGGAGCUGACCUGACAGAGAUCUGCCAGCGGGCCUGCAAACUGGCCAUCCGCGAGUCCAUCGAGAACGAGAUCCGGCGAGAGCGCGAGAGGCAGACCAACCCUUCGGCCAUGGAAGUGGAGGAGGACGACCCGGUGCCAGAGAUCCGCAGGGACCACUUUGAGGAGGCCAUGCGCUUUGCUCGCCGCUCCGUCAGCGACAACGACAUCAGGAAAUACGAGAUGUUUGCACAGACUCUACAGCAAAGCCGCG